AUGUAUGGUCCUCACAAUCCUUCAUUUAUUUUAAAUCCUGAAUCAAAAUUUGAUAAAGACUUAAUUGGUACUUACCAUUUUCAUCGUGGGGAUGUUAAAUCAGAUGAUUUGAAAAAGGUUUUUAUAAAAUUUGGACAAGAAAUCUUGAAUAAUAAAUUAGUAUUAAAUGAUUUAUACGACGUAGGAUAUGACAUAAGAAGAAAAUGGAUUUAUGCUAUCAAAGAAAUACUUGAAGUUAUGACGAAAAAAAAUGAUUGUAACAUCAAAAAAGAUUUUCAAAUAAAUGUUAAAGAAAUGAAUGAAUACUACGACAAUCAUUUUAAAAAUUACAAGGUGAGUUUCCAAACCGAAAAAAUCUAUCGUCAAGCAAUCAAAAAAUUCGACUAUUACAUUAAAUUAAACAGAAGAGAACUUCAGCAAAGUGACGGAUCUUAUUACUCAAAAUUUUCAAUUCACUCUCAAGCCUCAGAAUACAAAAUUAAUGCAACUUAUGUUUUACAACAUUUAACUGAAAAAAAUCCAGUUGUGCUCAAAUUCCAAGAAGAAGUUUUAUCAAAUAAGAAUGUAUUGGAAAUGAUUUUCAAAGAUGAUGCUAAGCGCCGUCAAAAAUUUGCUAAAAGUUGGAGACAAUUCUUAUUGUUAAUAGACAAAGAGGAUCAAACAUUUAAACAAGAAAAUGAUUUAGUAGAUCAUUUCAAUUAUUUAAAAGAUAAUGCUGCUGAUAGUGUGUUGGUAACAAAUAAAAGUAUUGUUAAAGAUUCAUUAUUUAAUUUUAAAAAAAUAUUAAAUUUAGCAUAUGGCUACAAAUAUUCUCCAUCCAUGAAAAGAGCUCUUGAAGAAGAAGAUUUACCCUCACAAUCAAAAAAAAUUAAAAUUUCAACUGCUGAAGAUGAGCCAAUUGGAUUCAAUAAACUUGAAGAAUUUGAAGAUGAACUGGCUGGAAUAAUUUCAUCAUCAAUUAAAGGAUUAAUUGAUUUUUUUUCGCCAUGUGUUGAACGGUUAGAUGAUGAUGAAAAAAUUUUGCUCGCUGAUACUAUUCGUGAAGAAUUGAUGUCAAUGCAAGCAGUAUUGAAACGAAUGCUGAUCAAGGAACUUGAAGAUAAAGGUGAACUUAAUUAG